UCUGGGGCCUGGGCUGGGCGUGCAUCCCACCUGAAGUCCGCCAAGUGGAAGUUUGGGCCUCCGCGGCCUCCGUCCACCACGGGUUCCGGAGAAGGCGUGGUGACUGCCGGGGAGGAACAGAUCCCUGUGGACCAUGGAGUUCGACUGUGAGGGCGUGAGGCGGCUGCUGAGCAAGUACAAGUUCAGGGAUCUGACUGUGGAAGAGCUGAAGAACGUGAACAAGUUUUUCCCACACUUCAGAUACUCCAUGGACACCUACGUUUUCAAAGAUACUUCCCAAAAAGACCUGCUAAAUUUCACUGGUACUAUUCCUGUGAUGUACCAGGGUAAUACAUACAACAUCCCCAUUCGCCUCUGGAUUUUGGAUUCCCACCCUUUUGCUCCACCCAUUUGCUUCUUGAAGCCAACUGCAAACAUGGAAAUCUCAGUUGGGAAACAUGUGGAUGCCAAAGGCAGGAUAUACUUGCCCUAUCUCCAGAACUGGAGCCAUCCGAAAUCUGUCAUUGUUGGAUUAGUUAAAGAAAUGAUCGCCAAGUUUCAAGAGGAACUUCCUCUCUAUUCUGUGUCAUCGUCCAGCGAAGCGCAGCAGGUGGACUUGCUGGCCUAUAUUGCAAAAAUCACUGAAGGUGUCUCAGAUAUAAAUUCAAGGGGCUGGACAAACCAUGACAAUAAAAUGCCCAAUAAAAUUACUGUGGUUGGAAGUGGAGAUUUGGGUAUUGCCUGCACACUGGCAAUUUCAGCAAAGGGCAUUGCAGACAAGCUGCUCCUUUUAGACCUCUCGGAUGGGACUAACCAGGGCACGAUGGACCUUGAUAUCUUCAGGCUGCCUAACGUAGAGAUCAGCAAAGAUUUGUCUGCCUCUGCUCAUUCUAAGGUGGUGAUCUUCACAGCCAACUCCCUGGGUGGUUCUGAAUCCUACCUGCACGCAGUACAGAGCAACGUGGACAUGUUCAGAGCUCUUGUUCCAGCUCUGGGGCAUUACAGUCAGCAUGCUGUCUUGCUUGUUGCCUCUCAACCAGUGGAAAUCAUGAGCUAUGUGACAUGGAAACUGAGCACAUUUCCUGCAAAUCGCGUGAUUGGGACUGGAUGCAAUCUGGAUUCACAGAGGUUACAAUACAUUAUUACGAGUGUUUUGAAGGCACAGAAUUCAGGCAAAGACGUGUGGGUUGUUGGCGAGCAGGGAGAAAACAGAGCAUGCUUGUGGAGUGGCCAAGAUGGAGUAAUGAGUCAGAGCUCUCAGGCACAGCUAUCCAGCAGAGCCAUGGAACUGUUGAGGGUGAAAGGUCGGAGAUCUUGGUCUGUUGGACUAUCGGUGGCUGACCUGGUGGACACCAUUGUAAACAACAAAAAGAAGAUACAUUCUGUAUCGACUUUAGCAAAGGGAUAUUAUGGUUUAGACAAUGAAGUGUUUUUAAGUUUGCCGUGCAUCCUGGGAACCAGUGGAGUAUCUGAAGUCAUCAAAACCACAGCAGGAGAAGACACAAUGGCUGAGACCCUCCAGCCCAGUGCGUCCUCAAUCCACAGUCUCCAGCAGCAGCUAAAACUGUGA